UUUUCCUCGUGAUCGAAUGCUUUAUAGGUUCUUGCUUGCAUUGUUGAAUUGGCUUCUACCCUGGACCUGGAAAUCCAAACUCAACGAGAUGACGGACCACGGGAUGGACUGGCUGCAAGGGAAGAUCCUGGCAUGGACUCACCCACCGCCCGUCAACAAGAUCGACACCCACCACCAUUUCGUGCCCUCGUUCUACAGGGAAGCCGUUGAAGCAGCAGGAGGUGACCCAAGCGGCUGGCCCACCCCCAGCUGGAGCCCGCUGCGCUCCGAGCUCCUCAUGAAACGCCUGGGGAUCCGCACGGCGAUCCUCUCGACCACAGCCCCCGGGGCCUGCAUCCUCCAAGGCGAAGCCUCAUACAAGCUGGCGCGACAGCUGAACGAGUACGCGGCAGACCUGCGCGACAAGCACCCCGACCGCUACGGGUUCUUCGCCAACCUCCCAGACAUUUCCCUGCAUCCAGACGCGGCCCUCGCCGAACUGGCCUACGCCCUGGACACCCUGCACGCCGACGGCGUCACCCUGUUCACGCGCUACGGCACCUCCGCCGCCACGCAAGCAUACCUGGGCCACCCGGCCCUCGAGCCGAUCUGGGCGGAGCUGCACCGCCGCCAGUGCGUGGUGUUCGUGCACCCGACCCACCCGGCCGACCCGACCGCGGUCAACGCCCACCUCCCGCAGCCCGUCAUCGACUACCCGCACGAGACCACCCGCACCGCCAUGGACAUGAUCCUGCAGGGCACCCGCCGCAAGUACCCAGAUUGCCCGGUGAUUCUCUCGCACGCCGGCGGCACCCUGCCGUAUCUGAUCACCCGGCUGGCGACGCCCCUCCGCAAGGCGCCGGACCUCGCGGCCGGGUAUGUCGUCGGCACGACCUACGAGCAGGUCAUGGCGGAUUUCCGGAGUUUCCACUUCGAUCUCGCCCUUUCGGCGGCGCCGCAGGUCGUCGAGGUGUUGCGGCGGAUGGUGCCGGGCGAUAAGAUACUUUAUGGGAGUGACUUCCCUUACGCCCCGUUGCCGGCGUAUCCGGCUUUCUUGGAGGAGCUGGAUGGGUGCGAGAUGUCGGAGGAGAUGCGCGAGGGGGUUUAUUUCGGGAAUGCGCGCAAGUUGAUUCCGAGGUUGGCGGGGGAGGCCGGCGUGAGGGGCAGAUCUGAUGCUGAGUUAUUUGAGUAGGGGGACGAGGAACUGCCGUGAUUAGAGGAAAGGAAAGAG